CACGGCACGGCAUGUCAUGGCAAAGGAUUUCAAUACUAAUUAAAUUAUUUUGAAUCUUAUCUCAAUAAGUUUAGAAUUUACGUUACCUUAUUUUGAUACCACGAUGCCGCGACGUGCCGCAGGAUGCCGCGGCAUGACGCGACACGCCGCAGGAUGCGGCGGUAUGACGUGACUUGCCUUUUCAUUCCACGGGAUUCCGCGGCACGCCAUUGCAUCCCGUGAGACAUAUGGGUCAUUUUUGGAUCGAGGAAUUAUGAUUGCUAGCUAGUUGAAAUAAGGUUGAAACUUGUGCAGCAUUUCGAUGGGGCGCAUUCCGGUCGGUGCGCGGGGGCAAGGGAGGGAGAAAACGCACUGGCGCGCGCGAUUUUUUCUCUCACACUGACUGAGCGUGGCAAGUAAUUAGCACGUGCGUACGCGAUACAGUAAAUUACUUCACGUAAAAUACGGGAAAAUGGAUGAAGAGAAAUUGAUUAAUCUGGUUCGUUCGCAUGAGUGUAUAUACGAUGUCUCCUCUCGUUUCUACAUGGAUCAACAUAUGAAAAGGAACGCAUGGCAGAAAAUUGCAGAAGAAAUGAAUACAACACAUGAAGAAUGUCAGAAGGCAUGGAGCUGCCUUCGUAACAAUUAUAGAAAAGCCUUAAAAAACAGGGUGUCCAAAAGCGGUGACGCUGCCAAAAAGAGGCGACCAAUUAAAUUUGAAAAGGAACUUGAAUUUCUGCAAAAGUUUUUUCAAGAUAGACCUCAGCUCUCAAAUUUAGACUCUUCUUCCGACGAUACACAGCUUUCCGAAGAUACGCAGAAUAUCGAAAAUACACAACCUCCCAAUAUAGCAUCAACUGUUAAUUUUCCUGAAGCACAAUCGCCUGUAUCUCAAAUGUCGUGUUCAUCCCAUGCAUCAGAUUCUAGACCAGCUAGACAUGUUCGUCAGCGAUCAUACAUGUCAUCGCAAACACAGUAUACAGAAACAACAGCAGAAAUAUUAAAAAAAUACAUUGAAAACCAAAAGAAGGAACAACAUCCUAUGGAGAUAUUUUUUCAAGCAAUGGCGGCAACAGCGAAGACUUUGUCACCAAAAUUACAAGCUGAAAUAAAACGCGAUGUUUUACGUAUUGUUACUGAUGCAGAAAUAAAGCAUUUGGAAAAUGUGGAGUUAAGUUCAGUUGUGCAGCGAAGUCGUCCUUCGACAUCAAGUUCAGGAUUCGAUAUUUCAAAUGAAUUUCAUUCAUCUCAGCAAUACGCACCAACUUCUGUUGCCAGAACCCAUAAUACAACUAUCGAAAGAAGAAAUCCUUUACACAAUUUUUCUUCAUUUAAUAAGCCCGAUCAACAAUAUAACUCCGAACCAAACUAUGGUACUACUCAUAUAGAAUACAUACCUACUCCUAUAUCCAGACAUCAAAAUAAUAGUGAUAUAUAUGACAAUAACUCCAAUAUUCAAUUGCCGGAUUAUGAAAACUAAAUUUUUUAUAAUACUUUCGCUUUUUAUCAUACUGUACUGUAGGUACAUUUGUGAUCAUAGAUAGCUGAUUAUAAAAAACAAUUACUAACCUUAGACAUACAGACAAUCUCUCUGUAACAGGUAUAGGCGAUCGAAAAUUAGUUUUGAUUUUCUUUAUAUGCGAUUUUAGCAAAUCACUUAACUUUUCAAAUUUUUCAUAGUCCAUUCUGUAAUAAUCAUAGAAUUUUCGGAUGUCGUAUCUCAAAUCAUUAAAUAAGUUGCUGAAUUCACCAUUUGUAGAUCUUGUUCUCCAUAAAUUAUGCACCCAGAGUUGUCUGUUCGUCAAAUUAGCAGUUCUUAUUUGUCUCUCUUCAUCUUCAGCUAGAAGUGCUAUUAAUACUAAAUCCCAGUCAACCAUAACGACACAACAAAAUGUUCUUUUGCGACACAACCAACUUCGAAUA